GAACUGACGACUCUAGCAAUUUUCAGAGCAGUUAACCAGAAGCAGGCAAUGGCAAUCUCGGCCGGCGGCCGGCGGCGGUGGCGGUGUACACAUACUGGUUUUUCCAUACCCUGCGCAAGGGCACAUGUUACCCAUACUCGAUUUCACCCACCAGCUGGUCCUCCGGGGGUUAACCAUCACCAUCCUCGUGACCCCUAAGAACCUCUCCGCUCUCAACCCUCUCCUUUCAAGACACCCUUCCAUCGAAACCCUAAUUCUACCCUUCCCAUCUCACCCCUCUAUACCCGCUGGCGUUGAGAACGUGAAGGAACUUCCCAGCAACUCCUUCAGAUCCAUGAUGACAGCCUUGCGUCAGCUUCACGAUCCUCUUCUCCACUGGUUCCGAUCCCACCCUUCACCACCCUCCGCCAUCAUCUCCGACAUGUUCCUCGGCUGGACCCAAAAUCUCGCACGCCAGCUCAGCAUCCCUCGUAUCGUAUUCUCUCCCUCCGGCGCCGCUUUCGUGUCUCUCUCUAACUACCUCUGGCAAGAAACACCACAGAGAGACGACCCCAACGAUCCCCAUUUCCCCGUUUCCUUCCCUAAAGUUCCUGGUUCUCCGGUUUACCCCUGGCGCCACCUGUCCCUUGUGUAUAGAAGCUAUAUCCCUGGAGAUCCAGAAGGAGAACUGAUCAGAGACGAUUUCCUUGCCAACAUCGCUAGCUGGGGAAUCGCCUUUAACUCGUUCUCCGAGUUGGAACGCCACCACCUACGGCAUCUCGAGAAUGAUUUCGGUCACAACCGGGUCUGGGCUGUGGGACCUUUGCUACCACCUGAUGAUGAUCCAACGGUCCCAGCAGAGAGAGGUGGGUCCAUGUCUGUUUCGGCACGGGACGUAAUGUCUUGGUUGGACAAUCGCGAAGACAACUCGGUGGUGUACGUGUGUUUCGGGAGCCAAGCCGUGUUGACCAAUGAGCAGAUGGAGGCGAUGGCUAUUGGAUUAGAGUGGAGUGGGGUCCACUUCGUAUGGUGUGUCAAGGAAGCCACGGUUGGACACGUGGCAGGGAAGUACAGCGUGGUACCAACAGGGUUUGAGGAUCGGGUGGCAGGGAGAGGGGUUGUGAUUCGAGGGUGGGCCCCUCAGGUUUCUAUACUGAGGCACCGAGCCGUAGGAUCGUUCUUGACUCACUGUGGGUGGAACUCGGUGCUGGAAUCGAUCGUGGCCGGAGUUCCUAUGCUGGCUUGGCCGAUGACGGCUGAUCAGUUCGUGGAUGCGAGGCUUCUGGAAGAGGUGGGCGUAGGAGAGAAGGUUUGCGAGGGUGUGACGACCGUGCCUAACUCAGACGUGUUGGCUAAGGCCAUGGCCGAGUCAGUGAGUGGGAAAGGGUCGAAGAGAAUUGUAAGAGCAAAGGAGCUGCAGAAGGCUGCCGUAGAAGCAAACAUUGAGGGUGGGUCGUCGUCCAUGGAUUUGGGUAAGUUAGUCAAAGAAUUAAGUGGACUUUGACUUUGAGC